UUAUUCUGCCUUUCCCCCAGGUCCGCGAUGCAACUCCGGAGGACGGUGAUGACGCUGGCGGGCGCGGCGCUGCUCGCCCUGCUGUUCGUCGACGUGGAGGUGCAGGCCGCGCCCGCGCCCCAGGAGUCGUCCUUCGAGCUGCCCGUACAGCUCAUUGGCUUCCCCGUCAUCAUCCUGGCUGUGCGUGUCUCCAACUUCGUCAAGAAGCUUGCCUACUCGCUCAACCCCGGCACCUACCGCUCCCGCACCCGCCGCGGCCUCGAGCCGCCCGCCCUGGACCCCGCCGCCGUGGAGAAGCGCCUCGUGCAGGAGAUGGGCGAGUCCGUGUGCGUCUACGAGCACGUGUGCCGGGAGUACGCGGAGCGUGCCGGCUGA